AUGGUGAUGCGAUCGAGCUUCCCGAGGCGCCUGACCCUUGGCCGCCCGUCAAACUACCUCAGACGGCCCUACUCGGUCUCGAGUAGCAGGUUACCCGCCGCGAGCACCCCGAGGUCCUCCGCCUCCACCUUCGACCGCCUAUUCCUCGCCCCCCGGAGCCAGCGAGCAGUCGCCCCGUUCUCGACGUCAACACGAUGGCUGAAGGAGGAGGACAACAACAGCUUCUUCGACCCCAAGGUUGAGCCUCUCUCCGACGAGGAACACAAGGCAAACAUCAAGAAUCAGCGCGAGCUCGAGGAGAAGGAGCUGGCCGAGGCCAAGAGCUCGACCUCCGACUCAUCCGCCAAGAGCGAGGGGUCCGGAGCUGCACAGGAUGGCAAGGCUGGCAGUGCGGCCGGCGGCUCGUCAGCGGGAUCCGGAGGCGGUGACGAUAAGGGCGACGGCAGCGGCAGACGCGGGCGCAGAGCAUCUGACAAGAGCCUGCAGAAGCCCGUCGUGCCCGACGUCUACCCCCAGGUCCUGGCCAUCCCAAUUGCGAAGCGGCCGCUGUUUCCCGGUUUCUACAAGGCCAUCACCAUCAAGGACCCCAACGUCGCCGCCGCCAUCACCGAGAUGAUCAAGAGGGGUCAGCCGUAUGUCGGUGCCUUUUUGUUCAAGGACGAGAACCAGGACGAGGAUGUUAUCCGCAACGUCGAUGACGUCUACGAUACCGGUGUAUUUGCACAGAUCACGAGCGCCUUCCCCAUGCACGGCGAGCAGGGCGCCCUGACGGCCAUCCUGUACCCUCACCGCCGUAUCCGCCUGUCGAGCCUGCUGCCUCCCGGAAAGGAGGACGCCAAGUCGAGCGAGGCCAAGGUCGAGCCCGUGCCCGAGCCGAUACCCCCGAAGCCCACCGAUGAGGAGGCGCAGCAGGAGAAGAAGGGCGACGUCGUCGCCAGCUUCGAGGAGAGCGCCGUGGCUCCCAAGGCCGACCAGCCGGCGGAGAAGUACGAGCCCACGGCGUUCCUCAAGAGAUAUCCCGUCAGCCUCGUCAAUGUCGAGAACCUGACCGAGGAGCCCUACGACCCCAAGAGCGCCGUCAUCCGCGCCGUCACCAACGAGAUCGUCAACGUGUUCAAGGAGGUUGCUACGAUGAACAGUCUUUUCCGCGACCAGAUCUCGACCUUCUCCAUGAGCCAGUCCACUGGCAACGUCACCUCCGAGCCGGCGAAGCUGGCGGAUUUCGCCGCGGCCGUCUCUUCGGGCGAGCAGGGCGAGCUCCAAGAAGUCCUGUCGAGCCUCAACGUCGAGGAGAGAAUGCAAAAAGCCCUCAUCGUCCUGAAGAAGGAGCUCAUGAACGCUCAGCUCCAGUCCAAGAUCACCAAGGACGUCGAGAGCAAGAUCACCAAGCGUCAGCGCGAGUACUGGUUGAUGGAGCAGAUGAAGGGCAUCCGCCGUGAACUGGGCCUCGAGUCCGACGGCAAGGACAAGCUGGUCGAGAGGUUCAAGGAGAAGGCGGACAAGCUGGCGAUGCCCGAAGCCGUGCGCAAGGUGUUUGAUGACGAGAUCAACAAGCUUGCACACCUCGAGCCCGCAGCGUCCGAGUUUAACGUCACGCGGAACUACCUCGACUGGCUGACGCAGAUUCCCUGGGGCCAGCGCAGCGCCGAGAACUUUGGCAUCAAGAAUGCCAUGACGGUUCUGGACGAGGAUCACUACGGACUGAAGGACGUCAAGGACCGCAUUCUCGAGUUCAUUGCAGUUGGAAAGCUGCGUGGCACCGUCGAGGGCAAGAUCAUCUGCUUCGUCGGCCCCCCCGGUGUCGGAAAGACGUCCAUCGGCAAGUCCAUUGCCCGCGCCCUGAACCGCCAGUACUACCGGUUCAGUGUCGGUGGUCUGACGGAUGUGGCUGAGAUCAAGGGUCACCGGAGAACCUAUGUCGGUGCUCUGCCCGGUCGCAUCAUCCAGGCGCUGAAGAAGUGCCAGACGGAAAACCCGCUGAUCCUCAUCGACGAGAUCGACAAGAUUGGCCGCGGCUACCAGGGCGACCCUUCGUCUGCCCUGCUCGAGUUGCUUGACCCCGAGCAGAACAGCUCAUUCCUGGACCACUACAUGGACGUCCCCGUCGACCUGUCCAAGGUCCUCUUCGUCUGCACCGCCAACAUGACGGACACCAUCCCGAGACCCCUUCUCGACCGCAUGGAGCUGAUUCAGCUCUCAGGCUACGUCGCCGACGAGAAGAAGGCCAUCGCUGACAAGUACCUCGCCCCGGCCGCCAGAGAGGCCGCGGGCCUGGCCAACGCCGAUGUCAAGCUCAGCGAGGAGGCCAUCGAGGAGCUCAUCAAGUCGUACGCCCGCGAGUCCGGCGUGCGCAACCUCAAGAAGCAGAUCGAAAAGGUGUACCGGAAAUCGGCACUCAAGAUCGUGCAAGACCUCGGCGAGGAGGUCCUCCCCGAGAAGGAUGCCCUGACGGAGGACGGCAAGGAGGCGCUGGCCGAGUCGGAGAAGAAGACCGAGGCGGUGCGCGAGACGGGCGAGGAGCCCGCCGAGACGGCGGCCACCGAGAAGCCCCGCGUUGCCCUCAAGGUCCCCGACACGGUCCACGUCACCAUCGGCAAGGACAACCUCGUUGACUACGUCGGCCCCCCGGUCUUCACCUCGGACCGCCUCUACGAGGUCAACCCGGCCGGUGUCGCCAUGGGUCUCGCCUGGACCCAGAUGGGCGGUGCCGCCAUGUACGUCGAGUCGAUCCUGCAGGCGCCCCUGCGGCCCAGCAGCCGGCCCGGCCUUGAGAUCACGGGCAACCUUAAGAACGUCAUGAAGGAGUCAUCAACGAUUGCCUACUCGUUCGCUAAGUCGCUCAUGGUCAAGGACUUCCCCGACAACCACUUCUUCGACAAGGCCAAGCUGCACCUGCACGUGCCCGACGGCGCCGUGUCCAAGGACGGCCCCUCGGCCGGCAUCACCAUGGCCACCUCGCUCCUCUCGCUCGCCCUCGACACCCCCGUCAACCCCACCGUUGCCAUGACGGGCGAGCUUACCCUCACCGGCAAGGUCCUCCGCAUCGGCGGCCUGCGCGAGAAGACGGUCGCCGCCCGCCGCGCCGGCUGCAAGAUGAUCAUCUUCCCCAAGGACUGCAUGUCCGACUGGCUGGAGCUCCCAGAGAACAUCAAGGAGGGCAUCGAGGGCAAACCCGUCGCCUGGUACUCGGACGUCUUCGACCUCAUUUUCCCCGAGCUCGACCACGAGGCCGCCAACAAGUGCAAGACGUGCGAGUGGAAGAAGGCGCAGGACGACAAGAAGAAGAAGGACAAGAAGAAGAAGAAGGACGACUCCGACGACGAGGACGACGACUAG